CGUGUAAUCUUCUUCUUCUUCUUCUUCUUCUUCUUCUUCUUCUUCUUCUUCCUUUGUAUCUUCUGUGAACAUCUGUCUUUCUCCUUCUUGUUACCAUGGCAAUUUGGUUUUCGAGAUCUAGAAACAUUGGGUCUCAACUACAAAAAUGUAUGAAGACAAGGGAAUUUCUCGGCAGCCAGACGUCUUGGACCUCCUCUCCUUUUCAAUCUAGCUCCUCCAACGUUACAUCUCCGGCUUUAUUUCUUCCCAACCUGCGUUUCAACUCCUCCACCAUAUCUGAAAAACAACUCACCAGCGAUAGCGAUGACGAUCCGCAGGUUCAGUCACUGGAUUUCCCCGGAGGAAGGGUACCAUACACUUCGGAAAUGAAAUUCAUUUGGGAAUCGUCCCAGAAUAGGGUACCUUGCUAUCGAGUUCUCAAUGACAACGGAGAGUUGAUCAGGAACAACAAUUUCCAACAGGUGAUGAGCAAGGAAAUUGCAGUAAAGAUGUACAAGGACAUGCUGACCCUACAAAUAAUGGACAACAUGUUCUAUGAAGCACAAAGGCAAGGAAGAAUUUCAUUCUAUAUGACAUCAUUUGGUGAGGAAGCAAUUAACAUAGCAUCUGCAGCUGCCCUUACCAAAGACGACAUUAUCUUGCCCCAAUAUCGGGAGCAUGGAGUUCUACUACAUCGUGGCUUCACAUUGCUAGAAUUUGCCAACCAAUGUCUCGGAAACAAGGCUGACUAUGGAAAAGGUCGGCAGAUGCCUAUACAUUAUGGAUCUAACAAGCACAAUUACUUCAAUGUUUCAUCACCUAUUGCCACACAACUUCCUCAAGCUGCAGGGGUUGCUUAUUCGCUGAAGAUGGAGAAAAAAGAUGCUUGUGUUGUCACAUAUUUUGGGGAUGGUGGCACUAGUGAGGGAGAUUUUCAUGCUGGUUUGAACUUUGCAGCAGUUAUGGAAGCACCAGUAAUCUUUAUCUGUCGAAACAACGGGUGGGCCAUAAGCACAAAUAUUUCAGAACAAUUCAGGAGCGAUGGCAUUGUUUUGAAGGGUCAAGCUUAUGGAAUAAGAAGCAUUCGGAUCGAUGGAAAUGAUGCUCUUGCAGUUUAUAAUGCAAUUCAUGCUGCUCGUGAUAUGGCCGUGAGGGAGCAGAGACCUAUCUUAGUUGAGGCCAUGACAUACAGAGUAGGACACCACUCGACAUCCGAUGAUUCCACCAAAUACAGGGCGCUGGAUGAAAUUGAUUACUGGAAGAUGUCUAGAAACCCUGUGAGUAUAUUUAAGAAAUGGAUCGAGAGCAAUGGAUGGUGGAGUGAAACAGAAGAAGCCGAGCUUCGAGGCAACAUAAGGAAGGAGGUAUUGCAAGCAAUUCAGGUCGCGGAGAGAACAGAGAAGCCUCCACUUGCAGAGUUGUUUUCUGAUGUGUACGAUCACCCACCACGUAACCUUCAGGAGCAAGAGAAACAGCUAAGGGAAACAAUCAACAGAAAUCCGCAAAAUUACCCCUCUGAUGUUCCUGUCUAGGUUUUCUUUGGCAUUCAGAAAGACUAAGUUGUAGUCCUUAAUAAGUUGUAACAUCUAUCAAGACGAUCAUUUACAAAGGGAUGCCAACGAAAAUACUUUCUCAAAUGUAAAGCUUCUAAAGUAAACUGAUUUCCUUGCAUCUUAAUUCAGUAGAGUGGUUAUUAGAGUCUCCAAGUUCGAAAUUAAUAUUCUUUGCUUGG